AUGUCGUUAGAGUGGGUCUCUCGGACCGUCGAUCUAAAAAAUUUCAACAUGCCCUUCAUUAUCGAAGGGACAGUGUGGACAUACGCGUCAAGUGAUAGUCAAGCUGGGCGAGCAAUCUCAUCAAUGGCCACGAAGCCCCUCCGGAAAGGUGAUGUUUACGGGGAAGAGCUUCUCGAUUGGGCACCAGGCAGUUUCACCGAACUUCCAGUCUCCAGCAAACAUGCCAAAUGUCAGAUAAAAGUAGAAGCAUUUGUGCUCACGGCCAAUGACUUGGAUAUAGUAGUUUCCAAGUACCGGCUACAGUGGAAGAAAAGCAAGAAGAAGGGUUCUCCAGAGGUGAAGGACAUGGCAGCUUCUAUUAUGGCAACAACAUACUGCCAUCGUCGUCGUCGUCUCCGAGCAAUAAACAACGUGCAUUGA